AUGAGAGCGUGCUCACGAAGCCGCCAUGCGGCACGUAGCAAUGCUCGGUCCGCUUCUCCAUGGCUCCUCACGACAACGUGGUUUGCAGCUUUUGCUCGAGCCUUCACAUUCAAUCCGGUCCCGAACCCAAAUUUCGAUUUUAGCAACCUUGGGCAAGUGGGCUUUGCGGGCGAUUUCAAUGGCAUUUCAUUUUAUGAAUUCGAAGGCCAGACUGAAAAGGCGUUCAGUUCUAAUGGAUCGGAACAGCUUAUGACACGUCUGCCUAAUGGUGUAUUUAUCGACCUUCUUAGUGCCGAUGCGUCGAUUGAAGAUAUGUGUGCACUUCAAGACACUGUCAUUCUAGGAGGUAAUUUCACUAGUGUUGGUGGCAAGGAGUCAAUUGGUAUAGCUCUGUUCAACCCAACUACUUCCGAAGUCACCCCUUUGCCCGGGCUCUCUGGACAAGUUAGCAGCUUACUAUGCGACAAAGAUAGUGGUAUGGUUUAUAUUGGCGGCAGUUUCCGAGCAGAAGAUUCGUUCAAUGCGAUAACGUGGCGUUCCUCCUCGAACUGGUCCAGCCUGCCCUUUGCGGGGUUCAAUGGGCCAGUUACCUCUAUCGCGAAAGCAUCUAGUGGACAUAUAAUAUUUGGGGGUACCUUUACUGGCCUCGGAAAUACUAGCGCACCAAGUACACCAGAUGCACAGACUAUCAAUCUCAACUCCGCGAGGCUUACUACAUAUCAAGGGUCGACGGCGUCGGGCUUCAGCGAUCCUAAGAAUGUCAUUUGUAAUACGCAAGGAGCAGACGGCGAAGGCAAGACCUGGCUUCUUGAGGAUAACGUUCCAGGAAAUUGGGCAGCCUCGUUCGACUUCGGAUUUGUGCCUACCAAGCUUCGACUUAGAAAUACACAUCAAGAUGGCCGAGGAACUCGAACCUGGAUGUUCACCGCGCAACCAAAUAACGGGAUUAUGAAUUUUACCUACAUCGACCCUGAAACUGGAAAGAAUACGAGUUGUACCAAUCGCUGCCCCCUCAGCAACGACUCUAGUAUUGAAUACCAGGACUUUCGCUUCGUCAACACUAUCGGCAUGAACGCGUUUAGAAUUGACAUCACAGAUUGGUAUGGUCAGGGUGGCGGUCUAGACAGCAUUGAACUGUAUCAGGACGACAUAUAUACGUUCGCCAUCAACACCUUCAACGAGCCACCCUGCUCUAAUUCAAGUACACCUUCUACAUCAACACAAACUGGACCUUGGACAGUCACCCCUGCGGGGCAAAGCAAUUCUCAAUACUUAUCGGCAGUGUUAUCUAAGCCCAUCAGUUCUGAUGCGGCAUCCGUCGUUUUUCGCCCGGAUAUCAGAGAAUCUGGCGAUUAUGUUAUCAAGAUUUAUACGCCAGGCUGUCUUCAGGAUGAGACCUGUGAAAGACGUGGUCAGGUUAACGUGUUCGGCACUUUGAAUACUACCAGUGGAAACCAACAUCUAAACGAUGGCCGAUCCAUAUAUCAAACUAAUCAAUUUGACAAAUAUGACCAAAUCUAUUUUGGCCACGUCGAUGUUGCGUCUAGCUCCUUUCGUCCAAGCAUCACGCUAUCUCCGGUGGCAGGACAAUCACUUUCUUCGGACGAUAUGGUAAUUGUAGCCCAGAAAAUCGGUGUCGAGCGAAUGAAUAGCACUGGUGGUCUAAACGGAUUAUUCGAAUUCGAUCCAGCCAAGGCCACCGUAGAUACAUCCGAUUUUGACAGCUCAGCAUUCAACAAGCUUGGCUCGACAUUCGACUCUCAAUCUGCUGUUUUGUCCCUAGUUGCUACCGAAAGCCGCACCUAUAUCGGUGGCAACUUCACAACAUCAACUGUCAACAAUGUUGUCGCUCUUGAUAAUGAAGGCCAGACACAGCCUCUUGACGGGGGCCUCAAUGGGCAAAUCACCACUAUGUACAAUAGCAAUGGACAGCUCUUUGUUGGCGGUUCCUUUGACGACACUCAAACAGGAGGGGCCACUGGUCUAUCGAACGUAGCUGUGUACGAUGAACAACGGAAUGAAUGGACGCCCCUCGGUGCUGGUGUUGAUGGACCUGUCACGGACAUUGUUCCAAUGACACUUAACCUAACAGGUAAUGCCACAGAGGAAGCGAUUGCUUUAACGGGCGACUUCUUACAAAUACUUCCAUUUGAAUCUAACGAUAGGGUCGAUGUUGCUGGUUUUGCGGUCUGGGUGAAAUCUCGGAAAAACUGGCUUCAGAAUCUGAAAAUGCCAGUUCCACUCUUGGAUGGACAUUUAGCCACCUCGCUACUAAACGCACCCGACGAUGCUGAGCUCUAUGCUGGUUCUAUCUCUUCACAAUCUCUUAGAGCCUAUGGCGUGGCAUCAACUAACGGUAUGCUGGGGACUUUUCCCAUCAAGGUUACACCCCCCACGUCAUCUGGGAACUCUACAACCAAACUAUCCGUGCGUGAAUUGCCUGUCAACAACACGGGCUCGGUUUCUGGUGUUGUAACUGGAGUUUUCGACACAAACAAUGGAAGAAAUGUUACAGUGCUUGCUGGUCACUUCGCUACAAGAGCAACCGAUGGCUCCCCAAUCUACAACCUCGCAUUUAUUGAUAGGAAGAAUGCCGAUUCUGUCACUGGCCUUGGAACAGAGCUACCCCCCGAAUCCCUCUUCCUAGCUUUAGCAAUUCAAGGCGACACUGUAUUUGCAGGAGGUCACUUGAACGGCACCAUUCAAGAGUCCCCUGUAAAUGGCCUUAUCUCUUACGACGUUGCCAGCGGUUCUCUAAACACCCAACCUCCUGUUUUAGCGGGGAGUGACGUUGUAGUGUCAUCCAUUGCCGUUCGACCUGACUCUUCGGACCUUUAUGUGGGUGGGUCUUUCGAGACUGCCGGUUCUCUUCCUUGCCCGGGCGUCUGUAUGCUUGAUACCAGUAAGAACCAGUGGACUCGUCCAGGCUUCGAACUAUCUGGGACUGUCAGCACAAUGCUUUGGUCAAGCAGCUCUACACUCUUCGUUGGCGGACAGUUACGGAUAAAUGACGCCGAUGUCUAUCUGGUAUCUUAUGAUGUCUCUCAUAAUAGCUGGUCUUUGUUUGAUGGCGCCUCAGGUCUUCCUGGCCCAGUGAACGCAUUAACGCCGGCAGACGAGAAGCGAGACAAGAUCUGGGCGGCUGGCACUCGACCUGACGGGACAAUGUACUUGAUGAAGUAUGAUGGCGGUUGGGCGUCUGCUGGCAUCACGCUGGAGCCUAAUUCCGUCAUCACAAGUCUUCAAAUGUUCAGCCUAACUGAAGCACACGACAAAUCAGACCUGAUCGACGAAAAACAGGCACUUCUAUUGACCGGCUCAAUCGCCAUCCCUGGUUUCGGUACAGCGUCUGGCGCUAUCUACAACGGCACAACGCUUCAACCCUAUGUGCUCACUUCAGACGCGAAUACAACAGCGGGACCUGGGUCCUUGUCUAAGAUUUUCGUCGAGAAGGAGAACUUCUUCAAGAGCUCAUCUAAACGUGGCUUGGCCCUUGGGUAUAUCGUGCUUAUUGGCCUGGCAAUUUCGCUUGGCUUGAUGCUACUCAUUGUGGCCGCCGGUCUUGCGCUUGACAGGUACCGCAAGAAGCGUGAUGGCUACGUGCCUGCGCCUACAUCAAUGAUUGAUCGUGGCAGUGGCAUGCAACGCGUACCUCCUCACGAGCUUUUAGAUUCACUCGGUCGCGGCCGACCUGGGGUACCACAAGUGUGA